AUGCCCGAAGCCACUACCCCUUCUGCAAUGUAUGCAGGCCAGGACCUCAAACAAAUCCAAAAAUGGGUUCAAGCUCAAAAGCCCAAGGCCUCUACGAUGAAAGAUGCUUCGCCGUUCUAUCGCAACCUUGAGGCAGCUCUAGACGAACGUCGAGCUGGUCACAACCUAGUUACGUUACACCGGUUUGAGCACAAGGUAGACUUUUCUUCAAACGAUUUUCUCUCUCUUGCUACUUCUGGGCUUUUACGAAAGGCUUUUCUAGAAGAAAUUGAGCGAAACCCGGAGUUUGCGGUCGGUAGUACUGGUUCGCGAAUUUCUGACGGCAACAAUGCCUACGUCGAGCUGGUAGAGAGCCAGAUUGCCAAUUUUCACGGUGCAGAAGGUGCCUUGCUGGUCAACUCUGGAUACGAUGCAAACUGUGCAGUCUUCUCAAGUAUUCCGCGUCCUGGAGACGUCAUUGUCUAUGAUGAGCUUAUUCACGCGAGCGUGCAUGAUGGCAUGAAGUCCAGCCUAGCUACCACUCAACUUCCAUUUAAGCACAACAACGCCGGUUCCCUGGCAGAUGUACUGAAUGAACUGAAAGACUCGAACUCCUUAAUUCGGCAGGGAGCUAGAUGUGUGCUUAUUUCGGUAGAAUCUGUCUACAGCAUGGACGGAGAUGUGACCCCCCUGGCGGAAAUCGUUGAGGUGGUCAAAGACAUCUUUCCGGCUGGGAAUGCACAAAUCAUUAUUGACGAAGCUCAUAGCACCGGGCUAGUUGGGAAGAAUGGAAGAGGGUUGGUUUGUGCGCUUGGUCUAGAAAAAGAGAUUGCCAUCAGAGUCCACACAUAUGGCAAGGGACUAGGAACUACUGGAGGUGCAAUUCUUGCCAAUUCAACGAUUCUUAGCACACUUUACAAUUUUGCCCGGCCUGUCAUAUAUACAACAGCACCGUCAUUUCCCAUUUUAGCAGCAAUCCGGGCAGGCUACAACCUUAUGGAGAGUGGAGAGACUCAAAAGCUGCAAGACCGUGUCCAGCACCUUGUGAGACACUUUUGCGAAUGUAUUGAAGCAAAUCCCGAUUGGGAUGACGCAAUCAAUGCUGGAAUCUGCUCUAUUCCUGUCAGUGAAGACCUGGACUCCCGGCCUUUUGUGACGCAGUUCUUGCCUGUAUGGACACGACAGGGCCAGAAUUAUUUUUUGACAAUGCAUCUUCACGGAGAUGGAUAUACCGCGAUUCCAAUUGAUCCUCCAGUUGUCCCGCGGGGAACGGGCCGGGUAAGGCUGAUUAUCCAUGCGGGAAAUACGGAGGAAGAGGUGGAAGGCCUAGCAGCAUCGAUUUGCCGAUGGAGUAAGGAGAUGCUGGACCUUUCCAAGAAACCCGGUAAUGAGAUCCCAACCGCAAUGCGAAAGGUAUUUGGUCUAGACAAAGGUGCGAAUUUCCGCGAACUGGAUGUAUCAAAGCUGGCGGCGAAUCCUUUCGAGUAA